ACUUCUUUUUCCAGCCUGAGAGCGCCCACGUCGACCGAAUACCAUUUCUAUAGUAUUCAUAAUUAUGGCCACGUUUUCAUCUCUUUGCGGGAUUUAAACUUGCUCCGGAGCACCGCAAGGGGAGCGACGAUGGACCAAUAAGGUCGACGCGCGCCGGAGGAAGAGGAAGUCGCAUCGGAAAGAGAGCGGUUUUGAAGAAAUACCCGUCAGGUUUGCGUGCUGACACGGGGGCUUUCCGCGCCGCGGUGCGGACGAGGGUCGACAGGCCGACGCGGGGAAUGAUUCGGCGUGGUCUGAAACGCGUGGAACGGAGGGGGGGUGUUUGUUUUGCGGGGUUGGUGAGCCCUGCAGGAUGCGCACGCGUGAUGACGGCUUGCGUCUAACUGCUGGAGCGGCGCGUUAAAGAACAAAAAAAAAAAAAACUUCUCACGAUGAUUUUAACAACUUUCGCCAUCCUCUUGUCAUUUCCUGACUUGGCGUCCAGCUUGAAGGGGGUCGGCGGAGGUGCCGGUGCCGCUGGUUCCGCUGCGCGUUUGGACUGCGUCAAGGCCAGCGAGCAGUGCCUGAAGGAGGCCACCUGCAGCACCAAGUACCGCACCAUGAGGCAGUGCGUGGCCGGCACGCAGAGCAGCCUGAGCGCCGUGCACGCCGCGGCCGUGGCCGCUCCGGAGGCGCAGGGCGAGUGCCGCAGCGCCAUGGAGGCCAUGAAGCAGAACCCCCUGAACCGCUGCAGGUGCCGGAGGGGCAUGAAGAAGGAGAAGAACUGCCUGCGCAUCUUUUGGAGCAUUUAUCAGAGUUUACAAGGUAAUGAUUUAUUGGAGUAUUCUCCAUACGAGCCAGUCAACAGCCGUCUUUCGGAUAUCUUUCGCUUGGCCCCCAUCAUUGCGGCCGAGGCGGCCCCCGCCAAGGAGAACAACUGCCUGAACGCGGCCAAGGCGUGCAACCUCGACGACACGUGCAAGAAGUACCGCUCGGCCUACAUCAACCCGUGCACCAGCCGGGUGUCGGCCUCCGAGGUGUGCAACAAGCGCAAAUGCCACAAGGCGCUGCGACACUUCUUUGACAAGGUGCCGACGAAAUACAGCUACGGCAUGCUUUUCUGCUCGUGUCCGGCGGGCGACCGGACGGCGUGCGCCGAACGCCGCCGCCAGACCAUCGUGCCGGCGUGCUCGUACGAGGACAAGGACAAAGCCAACUGCUUGUCUCUACAGAACGCCUGCAAGACCAACUACAUCUGCAAGUCUCGACUGGCAGAUUUCAUGAGCAGCUGUCAGCCAGAAGCUCACUCCAUAUCCGGCUGUCUGCGGGAGAACUACGCCGACUGCCUGCUCGCCUACUCCGGCCUCAUCGGCACGGUGAUCACGCCCAACUACGAACGCUCCCUCGGCAUUCGCCUGUCGCCGUGGUGCGACUGCAGCAGCAGCGGGAACAACAGGCCCGAGUGUGAGAAAUUCGUGGAGUUCUUCGCCGGUAACAGAUGUCUACGGAACGCCAUCCAGGCAUUCGGCAACGGUACCGACGUCGGAGUGUGGCAGCCUCAGCCCCCCGUCGAGCCCACCGCGGUGUCGUCCAGCGCCGCGCGACGGGGCAAAGACGCGAGCGGCGACGUGCUGGACCCGCUCACCGGCAUGAGCAAACAGCACCUGGGCGCCGAGGCGAUGUAUCACCUUUGCGGGACUUUACAGGCACAAAAACUGGUGUCCAAUCGUACUGAGGAUUCCACUUUGUGUGCGUUGGGCGACCCGAACGCCGUCCCGAGGAGCUCAUCGGCCAAACUCUGCCGUCUACCCGCGUGGACUCCGCUGCUUCCUCCGGCUUUCGUCUUGACUGCGACGUCCCGGCUCGGGGGAGGAACAUGAAAGAUCGGCGUU